GGACUAAGAACCUUGACCUCUCAAACUCUGGCCUACAUGACGAACAUUCGCACAGUCCUGCAGUCAAUUACAUAACAUGCACCCAGCUGAGAGAGUGUCGGGUAGCUAAACUAUAAUCUCAAUCAGCUUGAAAGAGAGUAGACCAGAAUUCUGUCAUUAUCUCUUAUCUGUAACUGCAAUCCUGCACAAACUAAGACACAACUAAACUGGAAGUGUUUCCAAUCUAUCACCUGUAAGCAUGGCUCAAAGGUAUGUACUACUUAUUGUAUCACAUUCUGUAUUUUUAACAUCACUUCAGGUCCUCGUAAUGUAAGAGUGGUUUGAGGAUGGAGAAUGACCUCAUUAUCUCUAUAACAUCAUCUGACCCCUAGACUCGUGGGGAUCCUGGGCACCUACCCAUCUAUUUAAGCCGUAUAUUUAUGUUAAUUAAUGCUUGCACCAGUUGCACCCAGUGUUUAAAAUCUCCCAAUGGCAAACUGCAUAAUGACAUGCUUCUUAUAAAUAGAUAACUAGUUUUAUUGCUAUACUAGAUUAUUGAAUGUUAAAUUUCUCCCAGCGUCCACUGCCAUCUACAACCCGUUUGUUAACAUUACACUUAACAAUGUAUUCCAUUUUCUCUUGAUCUUUCAGCGGGAGCCAAGAAAUUUGUUUCUCCAUCAAUGGAGAGGAGCACAGAGGUAACAGGGUACUUUAUUUAAUUAAACAUUUCUACACGAAUGCAAACUGCUCACAGACACUAAACACUAUCAGAGGAAAGAGAAGCAUUUAUGUAACUGGCAGAGGCGUAGCUAGAGUGUUGGGCGCCCGGGGACACGAUUCAUUUUAAAGGGCCCGCUUUUCUUUUUCCAACUCUCAAACCCAUGAUUUUCAUCCAUAAAAUAAUAUCAAAGCACAUUUUGGCGCCCCUAGCUAGCUGGCGCCCGGGGACAUCUGUAACCCUGCCCCCUAUCGCCACGCCUCUGGUGACUGGUGUAAAAUUCACAAGCCGAUAGCUUGGCUUAACGUGGAUCUUAAAAGAAAGUUAAAGCGUCGACCUCAACAUUGCCCCCCAAGGUACCAUUGCCCCCACGGUACCAUUAUCUCCAUGGUUUAAUUGCCUCCACGGUACAUCGCCCCAUGGUACAAUGGUCACCACGGUACAAUUGCCUCCAUGGUACAAUUGCCCCCACGGUACCUUUCCACAGAAUUCUCACACCACAUAGUCUCAGUAAAUUUAUUGAUAUCCUUGAGGAAUCCCAUUCCUAUCAUUAUAAGAAGUGAAAUGAGUCAAUUAUAAGGUGGGUUUUUUUGUUUGUUGUUGCGUCCCUUUAACUUUACUGCUAUCAUUACGUCACUGACUUCUGCGUCCCGUUUUUCUUCUCCAGUGUCCACCUAUCAACAGUUGUCUGUGUACACGUCACUCAAUGCUUACAUCAGGGACGUGGCGGGGUUAAAGGGCACGAAGGUCAUGUGCCGAGAGGGCGGGUGUGGCUGCUGCUCCGUCACCGUCACGCAUGCGUCACCGGAGUCUGGCAAGUUGGACACGUACAGCGUACAGUCUGUAAGUACAGACAUAAUAUGUAAGAGCAGCACUCAUGUUAAGUCUGUAAGUACAGACACAAUACACAAUAUGUAAGAGCAGCACUAAGGUAAAGUCUUUAAGUAAAGACACAAUACACAAUAUGUAAGAGCAGCACUCAUGUCAAGUCUGUAAGUACAGACAAAAUACACAAUAUGUAAGAGCAGCACCAAUGUCAAGUCUGUAAGUACAGACACAAUACACAAUAUGUAAGAGCAGCACUCAUGUCAAGUCUGUAAGUACAGACACAAUACACAAUAUGUAAGAGCAGCACUCAUGUCAAGUCUGUAAGUACAGACACAAUACACAAUAUGUAAGAGCAGCACUAAUGUCAAGUCUGUAAGUACAGACACAAUACACAAUAUGUAAGAGCAGCACUAAUGUCAAGUCUGUAAGUCAGAAAAAAUACACAAUAUGUAAUAGCAGCAGUAUAGGAGCCAGAAUAAUCAAUUCAUUGAUCGUGGGUCCUCAAAAUAAAAAAAUAAAAAAAGAAAAAGCACUAAUGUCAAGUCUGUAAGUACAGACAAAAUACACAAUAUGUAAGAGUAAAAGCAGCACUAAUGUUGCACAGUCUUUAAGUACAAACAAAAUGUGCAGUCUUAAGUACAAACAAAAUGUACAGUCUUUAAGUAUAGACAAAAUGUGAAGUCUUUAAGUACAAACAAAAUGUGCAGUCUUAAGUACAAACAAAAUGUACAGUCUUUAAGUACAAACAAAAUGUGCAGUCUUAAGUACAGACAAAAUGUACAGUCUUUAAGUACAGACAAAAUGUGCAGUCUUAAGUACAAACAAAAUGUACAGUCUUUAAGUACAAACAAAAUGUGCAGUCUUUAAGUACAAACAAAAUGUACAGUCUUUAAGUACAAACAAAAUGUACAGCCUUUAAGUAUAGACAAAAUGUACAGUCUUUAAGUAUAGACUCAAAGUACAACCCUCAAAAAUGUUUUAGUAAUAAAGAUAUUAAUUUCUUGUACUGCUUACUAUUCCCAGUGCCUGACUCAACUGUACUGCUUGCUAUUCCCAGUGCCUGACUCAACUGUACUGCUUGCUAUUCCCAGUGCUUGACUCCACUGUACUGCUUACAAUUCCCAGUGCCUGACUCCACUGUACUGCUUGCUAUUCCCAGUGUUUGACUCCACUGUACUGCUUACAAUUCCCAGUGCCUGACUCCACUGUACUGCUUACAAUUCCCAGUGCCUGACUCCACUGUAUGCAGUUGAUGGUUGGCAUAUCAGCACCAUUGAAGGUAUAGGAGGACAAAAGAAAGGAUUUCAUCCAAUCCAGGAAAGAAUUGCCAAAUUUAAUGGUACACAAUGUGGCUACUGUACACCAGGCAUGGUCAUGAAUAUGUAUGGGUAAGUCAUAACAUUAGGACUAAUUAUUUUAAAUUGACAUCCACCUUAUUAUACAUUUUGACAAUAAUUUUACCAAACGUAAUAUUUAUAGUUAGGCUUAUAACAAAUGUUUGUGAAAGAAAAGCUUCGCCUAAACUCAACACCGUCUGCUCCUUGUCCAACCAGUCUACUCCAUCAAAAUCCCAAUAUCACAGCCCAGGAGGUAGAAGACAACUUUGACGGCAACAUGUGUCGUUGUACAGGCUACAGGUCAAUCUUGGACGCCAUGAAAUCAUUUUCUGCUGAUGGGAACAUUCCUGGGGCUAAACCAAUUGACAUUGAGGUACAUCAGAUCAUGGCAUCUCCUCACUAAAAGACAUCGUCAGAUGUCAUUACAUUGCCUUUGGCUAUAUUAUUAAAUAUUAUUAAAUAGAUUUUUAACUUGAGCAAUAUUUUAGCAGAAAAAAUGUGUGUAGCAAAUUCUGAUUUAAAUUCCAGGACCUCAAUAAGAACUUGUGCCCCAAGACAGGUGAACCUUGUAAAGGUAGUUGUGGAGAGGCUGAAGUACCGCGACCUCUUGACUUUCAGAUCAAUGGGAUCAUUUGGCACAGGUAAGAUACACCGGCAGGUGUGGUUAAGAAGGUCAGAAUACUUUGACAGAGUGUCAUUCACCAUUUACCUUUGUCAUGUCUGUUUCAGGCCUACAUGUUUAAAUGGUCUUGGAUCUCUACUUAAAUCUUACAAGAGCAAAAAAGUCAGACUCUUGUUUGGGAAUACAGCUUGUGGUAAGUACUUUAUAUUACAUUUUUCAUGUUUGUUUUGAAAUUUGUGUUUUUUAAAACUAUUUAGCAAUCCAAGAUAAUUACACAUUUUCUAAUUAAAUUAAAAAAAACUAGGAAAUAAAGACUAAAACCUGUUUAGUGAUAUAGUAGACAACACAUUUGAAAUGUUUCAAAUAAACAUUUGAACUUCUUUUGCUUUUAUUUUCUUGUAAUAUCAUUUUUUUUAUUUUCAGGUGUUUAUAAAAGAGACGGCCCAUUUGAUGUUUAUAUUGAUCUCCAUAAUGUUAAAGAAAUUUACUCAUUUCAGGUGGGAUAUUAAAUAUUAUUUGAAAAUUUGAAAAUUAUUUAAAUUUAUUACAGGCUUUAAAAAAGGGCUUUGUACUUUCAAAGGUAAUAAAUAAUUAUGUAAGAAAACUUCUUAAUGAAAAAAACAUUGUAAAAUUUUGCAGUUUCAAGGUAAAAGAAAUAAAUUUUCUAUAAUUUAAAAAAAAUCUGCAGACACUGCUUUUAACAUUAGUGUUUAUUUUAGUCCCAUAAAUUUUACAAGUGAACAUUGUCUUUUUAUUCCCUUUGUUCCAGAUUGAUUCUAAUGGAGUCCGUAUUGGAGGGGCAACGACUUUGACCCAGUUGAUGGGUAAACUAAAAGGCAAUCAGGAUCAGCCAGGUUUUCACUACUUUAGUGCAGUCUACAGGCACCUCAAGGUGGUGGGGAAUAUUAUGGUCAGAAAUGUGAGUUUUCAGAGCAGUAUUUUUUUACAAGCAAGAUAUUUUAAAAAAAACCAGGGGUACAGAGAGCUUUCAAAGAAAUUAUGAAUAUGCUGUAACAUAUUAGAAAGGUGUUAAAUUCUAUCUGAACUCAUCCACACUAAUAAAGAUUUACUUUUUAUUAAAGGAUUAGAUGGUAGGAAUCACUUAACUUGAAAAAGACAAUUUAAAAUCACACUAUGGAACAAUGUGUUUCAUGAUAUUCCUUUAAUAAUUGGUCUUUAAUAACAUACUUUGUAUCAAUUUGGGAUGAUGAAGUAGAUUACCUGAUAUAUUUAGGAAGAGUAUUUUUUAAGGAUUCCUUGCAAGAUGAUACAGUUUUAAGGGCUCUAAAAAUCAUCUUGGGUACCAAUAGAUGUUUGAACUUUAUUUUAUCAGGCAGGUUGUGUUGCUGGUAAUUUGAUGAUCAAAUUUGAACAUCCAGAAUUUCCAUCAGAUGUCUUCACAAUGUUUGAAUCUCUUGGAACCAAAGUGCAGAUUUAUGGUAAGUUUUAAUUGGUUUCACAUUGGAGAGCUAGUGUCUAGGGGAAGGAAGCCAUAUCUUCCUAUAUUUUGAUCUAUACAAAUUUAAUAAUCACCAAAUGCUUGAAAAAACCAAGUUUAAGUAGUUUGAAUAACAAUUGUUGCUUAUUGCCAGAUGCAUUUACCUCAAUCUUGACGAUGUAUUCCCUCCUGGAGUUUAUGAAUUUGGAAAUGAACGGGAAAGUUAUUGUAUCUUUGGUUAUUCCAAAACUUGAUAAAAACACCAUCUUUAAGUCCUACUCAGUAACUCCAAGGUGGCAGGUGAGUAGACCCUGGUAUUUCAUUAUUUUUUAAAAACUGAAAAUAGUAAAAUUGUGUUAUGCAGUAAGAUGUGUUAUUGUUUUAAAACUAACUGAUUUUUUAAAAAUUAAACAAAAUGAUCUUUUGGUCAUUUAUUUCUGUUCCCUUCACAGAAUGCUCAUGCCUAUGUCAAUGCAGCUUUUAAAUUCACUGUAGAAACCAAGACAAUCAAAUCUCUGCCCAGUAUCGUUUAUGGUGGUAUCAACGAUAAGUUGGUGAGUUGGUUUUUGAUCUUGACCAGGAACUCUUCAUUGUGAAGCCUUAUCUCCAUUUAUUAUUAAAGAUUUUCUUAUCUCGGUCAGAUAGGAGUUUGAUGUUUGAUUUAUGGCAGUGUUUUCCUGUAGAUCUUUUAAAAAGUCUGCAAUGUAGAAGCUAGCAUCAAGAUUUAACAUUUUUUUAGUUACUGUAGAGAGGGAUGAUGGGAAGGAGGAAUAUGAAGAGAAGAGUGAUGUCACUGAGUCUAUGUCACUGAUUCUAUGUCACUGAGUCUCUCACUUAGUUUAUGUCACUGAGUCUAUGUCACUUAGUUUAUGUCGAUAAAAUCUGUGUCACUUAGUAUAUGUCACUGAUUCUAAUCUAUUCUUUUAAUCUGUACACAAACAUACAUCCAACUUUUUAUAGCUGUGACUCAACACAAACCUUGACUCAAUGGCUGUCUGUUCUUUCUUCUGUUCUUCCAUUUGUUCUUUUUUUAAUUGUCCAGUUGCAGUUUCCUCCCUUGAGAAAUCAGAGUAAUGUUAUAUUCUUUACUCUGAUAGAAGUAAUAUUGUAUUGUUUACUCUGAUAGAAGUAAUGUGUUUUUUUUACUCUAAUAGAAGUAACGUUAUAUUGUGUUGUUACUCUGAUAGACUUGAUGUUGUAUUGUUUACUUUGAUAGAUUCAUGCCGUGAAGACUGAACAGUUUUUGGCCAACAAAACUUUGUCUGAAACUGUUAUGAAAGGUAAGUUUUAGCCAACUGUUAUGAAAGGUAAGUUUUAGCCAACUGUUAUGAAAGGUAAGUUUUAGCCAACUGUUAUGAAAGGUAAGUUUUAGCCAACUGUUAUGAAAGGUAAGUUUUAGCCUACUGUUGUGAAAGGUAAGUUUUAGCCAACUGUUAUGAAAGGUAUGUUUUAGCCAACUGUUAUGAAAGGUAAGUUUUAGCCAACUGUUAUGAAAGGUAAGUUUUAGCCAACUGUUGUGAAGAAAAGAAAAUGUAUCAGCUCUUAAUAGACAAAAGUCAAGGAGAAAACCUGUGAAAAGUUUAAAGUAGUCAUUCAACACUUUCAGUUACUUUGUAAACUACACUAUUAAAUAUUUCCAAAAAAAUUAAUCCAUGCUAUAUAUGAUAACAAACGUUUUUUAAAUAUUUUAUGCCCCUCAGUUUGUGCCCCAGCUGUAAUCAUUAUGUCAUAUAUUACACAAAUAUUAUUUUAAAUGCCCAUUUUCUUUAAGCUAUAUUUUUUUAUUUAUCUAAACGGCUUAAAAUUAAGAUAGAUUCUUUUGUUCAACAGAAGCAUUGACUGUAUUGAAAGGUGAACUAAUUCCCACCAUUGAUGAAAUGUCAGCAUCUCCAAAAUACAGGCAGGACUUGGCAAGGAACUUGUUGUACAAGGUACAUUAUGUGAACAUUGCAUCUUUGAAAACGCAAGAUACAAAUAGAUAUUACAUUAUGUUUUUAUUUCUCAUGAGAGUGAAUUGGAUGCUGUCUGUUACUCAUUCCAUUGUGGUUAUAAUAAUUCUUUUUAAAAAUAAAAUUAUCAGGGUUUGCUUGAGGUUUUUGAAUCAAGUAAUCAAAAGAUCAAGACAGGAAGGGAGAGCCUCAGUCAUCCCAUAUCAUCAGGCUUACAAACAUUUCAAGAACUGAAGAGUGAAUUCCCCUUAAAAGCAUCAAUGCCAAAGCAGACAGCUACUUUACAGGUUGACUUGUUAUUAAUGUUUUGACAUGUAAUAUAAGAAAUGAGUAAAUUAUAAGCAAUAUCAUAUAGUUGUUUGUAUUUUAAACAAGUCCAGAUGAGCUAUUUUAAAAGUACGGAAAUAUAACUUCAAUAAUGCUAGAGACAUUAACUUUGCAAUGCUCAAAUGAUGAAAAUUUACAUUAGGUUUUUCAAUAGAAUAUUUCUUUUUUUGCAGGCAUCUGGUGAAACAAUAUAUGUCAAUGAUAUUCCAAACUUCCAGCAUGAGUUAUUUGCUGCGUUUGUCACCACUCAGGUGGCAUCUGGGGUGUUGGAGUCAGUUGAUGCUACUGAGGCAUUGGUUAGUUAUUUAUAGCAUCAAAAAGACUUGUAUAUUAAUAGACUUAAUAUGAGAGGGGCCAAUGGUUUAUUAAGUCUUAUUCACAUAAAUUACUUGACAGACUGGAUAUUCUUCUUCUUCUUCUAUAUUAAGAUCAAUGUGUUGAUAAUUUUGGCUCCUAGUCCUAUUCUGUUUGGUUUAACUUUUCACUUUCUUUGGUUAAAGAUUUCAGCCAGGUUAUAUAUCUUAGUGGAUUUGGCAUAGCUGUUACCAGAAUAUUGUAUAUUAGUGUUUAUUAAAGAGCUCCAAGUACUAUUUUUAACAAAUGAAUAUUGAAUUAUCUAAAAGACACCAAACUUUAGUGUUAAAGAUGUUAUGGCACUUCAAAAAUUUUUAAACAAUAAAAAAAGGCUAUUUAUAAUUCCAGAAAAUGCCAGGUGUGGUCCGGUUUUUGACAGCUAAAGACAUACCAGAAGGUGGUAAAAAUGACUGGAUGGGGAGCUCUGGACUUUUUUACUUCAGACAAGAAGAGGUAGAACUUGAAUGUUACUAUUAUAUGCUGUUGUAAAUAAAUUAUUAGUUCAGCAAUAUCAUAGUUACAGUAAAUUAUUUUUCUGUAACAAUUUAUUAUGUUUUUAUCUUUCGUUAGCCUACGUCUGCUUUAAUAAAAAGUUACAUAAACUAAUUUUGAGAUUAACUUUGAUCAGGUUUACUUUUGCCAGUUUGUUUUCCACAGAUUUUUGCAACCAAACAGAUUUCCUAUUGUGGACAAACUGUUGGCCUCAUUCUUGCAAGUGAGAAUCAUAAAUUGUAAAAUUGCUUCAUUACUAUUGUUUAAACUUUAGUAUUUAAAAAAAGAAUUUUGAAAUAUUUUGAAAAAGAAACUGUAACAAAAUUUUUUUUUUACAGAAACUGCAAGCCUGGCCAAGGCAGCUGCUAGAAAAGUCAAGGUUACUUAUACAGACCUUCAGAAGCCAGUCACCAAUCUUGAAGAAAGCAUUGCUCUGGGAAAAGAAUUUGAUUAUGAAACCAAAGAGACUGUGGUUGGCAAACCUGAUGGUGAUGAGGAGUUUAUCAUUUAUUUGUGAAUAGUUAGCAAAAGAAUUACAAAUUAUUCAAUCUAAAUCAUACUACAGCAUUGUAUCAGUAUUUUGUAUCACAUUUGUAUUAGUACAGAAGCGUUUCCUUUACUUGCUGUAUAUAAUUAGUUUGAGCUUAAAAUGCUUCAUUUUAAAUAUUAGAUGCAUGGAAAAAUGUUGAAAAGACAGUAGAGGGGGAAGUCCGCAUGGGAGGUCAAUUUCAUUACUAUAUAGAGACCCAGGUAAGCUAACAAAUUACUUAUAGUAUGAAUAUAAAGAUAAAAUAAUUUAAAGUAGUUUUAAAGAAGUUUUAUUUACAUUCAAUUAUUCUAAAAUAAUUUUAAAAUGAACUUGCAGUAUUAUUUACCAAGUCCAUUAUUUGAUACAAUAAUAGAUAAUAAAAAUAUUUAUUUUAGGGUUUUAUAAAUAUAAUAUCUUAAAAAAGUAUUAUUUCAAUUAAACUGAAUAAUAAGUAAGUUAAAAUAAAUAAAUUUUAUUAUGUUAUUAUACUUCCCUAUAGGUGUCACUUGCAGUUCCCUCAGAAGAUGGCAUAGAUCUCUACUGCUCCACCCAGUUUGCUGAUAUGAACCAAUAUGUUGCAGCUGAAGUAAUUGGAAAACCUAUUAAUUAGUAGGUAUCUUUAACCUUUGGGUACAGACAGAAUAACAACACUAUCAUCUUUUGUAUAACUUCUUAUUUUAUCAGAAUCUCAUUUCAGAUAGAGUUAUUAGAUGGAUUUUAAAAAUGAUUCGGUGGCUGUGAGGAAGAUCAAACUAAACCAACACAAAGAUGUGUUACAGACGUGAAGAUUUUUAAAAAAAAAUGUUUCUGUAUUCUAGUAUCAAUGUGACAGUUCCUUUGAUUGGUGGAGGUUUUGGUGGGAAAAACUUUGACUCCAGUCUUGUGUCAGCAGCAACAACACUAGGAGCUUAUCUCACUGGAAGGUAUGUGUGCAUUUUAUAUAGAAAGUUUUAGAUCAUUCAGUUAACUUUUGGACCAAUUGAUCAAAUACUCAUUUUAUAAAAAAAAAAAACAAAGAAAUAACUUAAUAUUUUUUAUACUCUCAGCAUAGUUGUAAUUCAGUAAAAAAAUGUCCAUUAUAUUAACAGACCAGUUCGCAUGUCUUUAGACUUGUCCACCAACAUGCACGUGUGUGGUAAGCGUCCAGCUGUAAUGGCAAAAUAUAAAGUAAGUUUUCUUAAAUAAGUUGACUUAAAAUAAGUUGUGAAAGAAACAUUUUUGUUCACAUUGCUCCAAGAGUCAAAUAACAUUUUACUUGGAGAAUUUUUACAUAACUUUAUUUUUUUUACCAUUUUUAAUUUCUACCCCAAGAACUUUAAUAAUUAUUUUAAUAAUUAGAGGAAUUGAUAGUUCAUCUUUUAAAAUCUUAUUAUGAAUAUUGUAAUUGUAGGAUCAUGGAAUAAAAAAAAAUAAAAUAUUUUAAUGAUUUGUCUAAUUGCUUGCAAAGGCCUCAAAAACACAUUUAUUACAACUACUGUGACUAAUGGCAUUUUGUUUUUACAGAUUAAAGAUAUUAGUUAAUUCAACUACUUUAAAUGGUUUUUCAAUAAUAUAAAUUAGAAAUAUCUGAAAUCGGCAGCAUAAGGAAUUUUUUAAUUAAGCAACCAGCUAUUGCAGGGGCAACAGGCUAAAGAAAAAUACAAUAGAAUCAUGCUUUUAUUUUUUAUUAACUCCAAACGUUUCAAGGUUAAUGGAAAUAUGCUCAUUUCUACCUGAAUUUUUCAGAAAAACUAAAAUAAAUUUGAUUUUCUUUCAAGAAUUUAUUUAAAAAAAAAAAAAAAGAAAUAUUUAUAUUUAUUGAUACUGUAGAACAAUCUUGUUUCUUCAUUGUUUAGGCUGGAUUUACAUCCUCUGGAGAUGUACAGGUUAUAGAUAUGGAUUUGUAUAUUGAUUGUGGCCACAGAGACAGCCUGAAGCAUGUUGUGGGACCAAUGAAAAUAUUUCGUUACAUUGACAUGGGUGAGUUCAAUUUACAAGACUUAGAGAUUAUUUCAAUAACAGCACUUUCAUUUUCUUACUAAUGAAGGGGACCAGCUUUAUUUUUAUUUAUAGGAGUUAUUUCCUUUUCAACUUUUUUAAUGCUGAAAGUUUAUAGUUUUAGAACUUUUUUUUGGAUUUAGUAGAAAUACAAUUUCAAUUUUAAGGUAUUUGUUUUCUUUCAGGCUAUUAUGUUCCAAACUGGAAGUUUCGGCCUCACCUCAUGUUCACAAACAAACAGACCAUGACAUCGGCAAGGGCUCCAGGUAGCCAAAUUUUUUAAAAACUUAAACCCACACAUCAUAUGUAAAUCAUUUUCUCGAUUUAUUACUUUAAAAUCUCUUUCUGUUCCGGUACUUCAUUUUUAUUUUAAAAUGUAAAAAAAUAUAAGCAGGGCUCCUGGCCUAAGUAGUGGGAAUUUCUGAAACUAUUGAGUUUAUUUAGACUCCACUAAUAGCUACGUGAAAUAUAAGAGUCUGGCAUUGCUUUACUCUUUUGAAAACUAUUUCACUCACAUAUUUACAUAUAUUUUAUUCCAAAGGUGGUGUGCCAGGUGCUCUUGUUAUUGAAUCCAUUAUGGAACAUGUUGCUAAGGCCCUGAACUUACACCCUAUUGUUGUCAAGGAGAUUAAUCUCUAUGAGGAUGGACAGGUAGGGUUACUAUGACUAUAGCUCUGAUAAAUUUUAAAUCAGUCUAAUUCAUGCAUUAUUAGAUUUUUGAAAUCUUCUAAGAUGAAAUUCAAAUUUUUCGUUUUGCAAUACAUUUCUCCAAAAGAAGAGCAAGAGAUAUCAAAAUCAUUCAAUUUAUUUGAAUUUUUAUGAAGAGUAGAUAAAAAAUGUUGGUAUGUUUUUGACAAUGUGGACUUGGAUUAUUUAGUUCAAAUAUUCUCUUAAAUUGGUUUGAAAUUAAUUUCCUUUGAAGAUAUGUAAAUAUUAUAUUAAAAUAUAUAUUUACAAUUAUAAAUAAUAUCUAAGUAUAUGAGUAAAAAUCUACCUGAAUUAAAAGAUAAAUUGAUGAGUGAUUAUAAUUAAAUAGUUUCAAUAGUUAAAUUCAGUAAUUCUUGUUAUUUAGAUUGACUUGCAUGGUCACCAACUGAGCCAGUGUCGCAUGAGGGAGGUGUGGAGACGUAUUAAAGACAUGGCUGAGGUGGAGGGGAGGUUGAGGCAGGUGGAAGCUUUUAAUGGGGUAAGUUUUUUGUUUGGAUGUCAUUAUCCUUUUUUUGUGCUAAUGCUUCUUUAAGUUAAACCUUUUAUAGUCAAAGACACAAUGAAAAGACUCUCAUCAAGCUGAUUGUAACUUCAGAGGCUUGUAUUGUUUGUGUAGUUAAUUUUUAUGUCCCUUCCCAUGAUCUGCUCUAUGUCUGCAACUCAGUGCAAUAAACUGUAGCUGAAUUUUUUAUCUCACUAUUUCUUUGACAUUAGAUGAAUAAUGGGGUAAAACAAUUUUAAUUUAUUCUAAUUUAUUCACACUGUUCAAAUGUGCUUUUAGAUUCAUGUACCCAUAAUAUUGUUUUUAUAUUUCAGGAAAAUCUUUGGAAAAAAAGAGGUUUGACAAUGACAGCAUGCAAAUAUGGAGUGUCAUAUUUUGGAAAUGGCAUGCCAGCCACAGUCACCAUCUUUGCCAGAGAUGGGUCAGUGGCUAUCAGCCAGGGUGGUGUUGAGAUGGGACAGGGACUGUACACUAAGGUGAUACAAUUUUAUUUUAUAAAUCAAAGAAUUAAUCAUCUAAUUGUCACUCCUAUUCAUUUUUUAGAACAAUAUUUAUUCAACUGUGUAUUUUUUAGACUUCAAUUCUUUAUUGAAUGAGAAAAAAAUGGGUUUCAGAGAAUCUCUCAUAUGAUUUUUAAAAAAAUUCAGUCUCUAAAAAUAUGAAAUGCAAAGGUUAAGAAAAUACAUUUAAAUUUAAAAGACAAAGAUACAUAUUUUCAUAAAUAAAUACUUCAAGGAUUUAAAAAAAUCCUUUUAAAGAUGGAAAAAUUUAUUUUUAUUAAAUAUAGAACAUAUAGGUCGUCUGCCAUGGGUUGCUAUCUAAACUAGCUUGCUAAUCUUCUUAUAUAACUGAAACAACUUUUUACAAAGUGUAAUGCUAAGCCUGCUCAGUUGCUGUCUAUACACAGGAUUUGUUUUUUUACGUUUUACUUAAACUUGGUUAUAUCUAAGGUCGCCCAAGCAGUUGCUCAUGUUUUGGGUGUACCCAUAGAAAAUAUCAAAGUAAGGCCAAACCAGACCAUUAUCUCUCCUACAAGCUCAGUGUCAGCUGCCAGCAUAGCCACUGAUUCAGCUGUAUACGUAAGUUUAAACUAGAGGUUUCAGUCACUUCAUUAUUUUUUUGUAAAACAUAUUUGGAAAUUCAUAUCAACACCUUAUCAAAUCAAAUUUUCAGCAAUCUUUAUAUUUUUCAGAGGUGAUAAUUUGAAAUUUUAGAUAUUUUUAGUUUUAACAGAAAUUUCUUAUCACAUAAAUUUGUCUAAAAAUCCAUUUUAAUGGUUAAAACAUAGUCAUUUAUAUCAUAGUCAUAGUUACUUAAUUUAUAUUUUUAAAUAUGCAAACAAUGGUUAUUGUUUUUAACAACCAACUAUCCAAAUUUUUAAAAUAUUAAGUUACUCAUUAAAUUAUUCGUAAUAUAUAUUUUAAUUUGAUAGUAAUACUUAAUGAAAAUCCUACUUUACAGGCAGCCAUUGAGGCUAGUACAAUCCUAAAGGAGAGGAUGGGACCAAUCAGAGAAAAGUAUCCAGAUGCCAGCUGGAAGGAACUGUGUCAAAAAUGUAUUGUCCACAAAAUUGAUUUAUCUGCAAAAUAUAUGUAAGAUUUUUGCGUUACCUUAGAGCAGACAUUUAUUUAGCUUUGCGCAUUUACACAACACAGUUAAGAAAUCAAUUUCUUCAAGUUUGCAAGUUUAAGAAAAAAAAAAAUAAAAAUAAGUAAUUUAAAUACAAGCCUAUCAAAGGCACUAAGAACAUCUAAACAUUAUGUUUUUUGACAAUUUAAUUUCACUUGUAUGCCUGGCUCCUGAAUUAACUGUAGACUUGUCAACUUCUGAUUUGGAUCCAUAUUUAUAAAUUACUGAAGUAUGGAUAGAUACAUUUUUUUAUAUAUAUUUUUAACAGGUUUGCAGAAGGGAUAGGAACACCGUUCUUCAACUAUUUUGUUUACAGUGCAGCUGUAGCAGAAACAGAAGUGGAUAUCCUUACUGGCGAGUCUGUAAUCAGAAGGGUUGACAUAAUGGCUGAUCAUGGUGAAAGGUAUUAUUUGAGAUUUGUAUGCUGUUUUUCUUUAUCAAUGGUGCACUCUCUAAAUUAGUAAACAUGGUCUUGUAUGACUUUGCCGCCUUAUCAAUGGAAAUAUUUAUUUUCUUCCAUUGCUUUUGUUUAAACAAGUUGUAACUUUUCAAAAUAAUAUCCAAGCUGUAAUUAAUAUAAUUGGCCUUUUUUUUUUCAUUUUUGCUACAUUUAAUAUUAAGAAAUGAGUGAAACAAAGUAUGGGGAAAAACUGGAUAAAAAGAACGCAAAAAAAUAAAAUGUUGACAUAAAAUUAGGAUGAGACCCAAAUAUUAUGAUAUUUCAUUGUUUGGACAUCAUAGAUUGCUAAAGUCAAUGAGGAACAGUUACAUGAUCAUUUAUUACUUUACAGUUUAAAUCCUGCCAUCGACAUUGGUCAGAUUGAAGGAGCUUUUGUGAUGGGGCUUGGCAGUUAUAUGACUGAAGAUAUUAUCUUUGACAGUCAAACAGGCAGGAUUCUCAACGAUGGAACAUGGGUUGGUGGUCCUGCUUUUCUUUGAUUUUCUUUAGAACAUGGGUUGGUGGUCCUGCUUGUCUUCUUUUUUCUUUAGAACAUGGGUUGGUGGUCCUGCUUUUCUUCUAUUUUAUUAUAACAUGGGUUGGUGGUCCUGCUUUUCUUCUAUUUUCUUUAGAACAUGGGUUGGUGGUCCUGCUUUUCUUCUAUUUUCUUUAGAACAUGGGUUGGUGGUCCUGCUUUUCUUCUAUUUUCUUCAGAACAUGGGUUGGUGGUCCUGCUUUUCUUCUAUUUUCUUCAGAACAUGGGUUGGUGGUCCUGCUUUUCUUUGAUUUUCUUUAGAACAUUGGUUGGUGGUCCUGCUUUUCUUUGAUUUUCUUUAGAACAUUGGUUGGUGGUCCUGCUUUUCUUCUAUCUUAUUAUAACAUGGGUUGGUGGUCCUGCUUUUCUUCUAUUUUCUUUAGAACAUGGGUUGGUGGUCCUGCUUUUCUUCUAUUUUCUUUAGAACAUGGGUUGGUGGUCCUGCUUUUCUUCUAUUUUCUUUAGAACAUGGGUUGGUGGUCCUGCUUUUCUUUUAAAAAAUCUCUUUAUUUUUUAAUGUUGUAUUAUUAUUAUUAUUAUUGAUGGUCAAUGCUUACUGAAAAUAUACAAUUUUCUGACAUUAAAUUGAUUUUUAAUUUUCCAUUUUUACAUACAUGAUAUAAUUCCAGGAAUACAAGCCUCCCACAAGCAAAGAUAUCCCUAUAGACUGGAGGAUUCAUCUUUUGCCAGACGCACCUAACCCUUAUGGUGUGAGGAGUUCCAAAGGUGAGUUUCCUUCAUUGUAUUAGGAAAUAUUAUGCUUAGGCCAAAGCUAAAUUAAAUGUACACAAUUUCUCACCAUUUCAUUACAUCAGAAAAUAUUGCAACAUAUUAAUGCACAUAUUCUUGUGAUGAAUGUCCUGAGUUCUAAGCACUAUAAAAAAAUUUAACUCAGCAUGUUCAUAAAAUAAUACUGUUUUUUUAAUAGCCGUUGGAGAAUCCCCAAUUUCACUAUCUGUUGGAGCACUGUUUGCAAACAAACUAGCCAUCCAAUCAGCUCGUAAAGAUUUAUUUGGUGCUGAUGACUUUAUCCCAACAGGUAAUUUACAAAACUUGAAUAAUACUACUUUUAAAACUUUUCAUAAACAUUUUAAGUUAUGACAUCUUUAUUAUUAUUCUUUUUUGCUGAGCUUUGAUUAUUUGAUGUCUUCUUCAAAAUGAAAGAGUCUUGUUUUUCUAUUGAUUUAAAAAUAAAAGGAUACACUUUAAGAAUAAAAAUUCAAAAUAAAAUAUUUCAUUUUUUUGGGCUUAUUUUUAACUCCUCAACAGUUGCACCAUAUAGUGUGGAAAGAAUACAGCAGAGUGUGGGGCUGAAAGAAGAUCAUUUUGUCUUUUAAAGAAACCAGUUCAUACUGACUAGCUGCCAAAUAUCUCCAUCAAACAGUAAUUUGCAUUAAAAUAAACCAGCCAUUUUUUCACCAGCCUUUUUCUCAUGCACCCGAGUUAAAAUUACUUUUAUGUAAAAAAAAAAAAAUGCUAUUUGUAUGCAAUUUGUAAUUUUGAAUAAAACAUUAUAUAAAAUAUAAACAUAAAUAUUAUGGAUCAUUUUCCUUUCACAUGCUCUUUUUUGUAAAGAUUGUUUUUUUUUUAAAAAAAAGAUGGGUAAAGAUUUGGAAAGAUUGUAAAGAGUUUCUUAUUUGAAUGAAUAAAAAUGUUCAUUUCUUGUAAUUAAAAUAAAUACUGUUACAUUGAUGGUACAUUGGAGUGUCUAUGUGUACCUGUGGUUAGAUCCAGAUUCAACUAAUCAGGACAUAUUAUGGGUUCCUAUAAUCAUGAUUCUAAAUGUGGCUUACAUCAUACAUGAUGCAUUUUUUGUAGGUGUGUUUGCCCUUGGUAGGUUGGUGUGUUUGUCCUAGCUAGGUUUUGUUUGUUUGUCCUAGGUAGGUUGGUAUGUUUGUCCUAGGUAGGUUGGUAUGUUCGUCCUAGGUAGGUUGGUGUGUUUGUCCUAGGUAGGUUGGUGUGUUUAUCCUAGGUAUUUUGGUGUGUUUAUCCUAGGUAGGGUGGUGUGUUUAUCUUAGGUAGGUUGGUGUGAUUGUCCUAGGAAGGUCAGUAUUUUUUUCCUAGGUAGGUUGGUAUGUUUGUCCUAGGUAGGUUGGUGUGUUUGUUCUAGCUAGGUUGGUAUGUUUGUCCUAGGUAGGUCAGUAUUUUUUUCCUAGGUAGGUUGGUAUGUUUGUCCUAGGUAGGUUGGAGUGUUUGUCCUAGGUUUAGGCUAUGAAGAAUACAUGUUUAAGCAGGCCCAUGGGACUAUGGAGAAUACAUGUUUUAGCAGACCCAUUUGUGGUAACAAUAUUUAGAUAAGCUGGACAACAUAAUUGUUUGGUGUCAAUGUUGUAAUUGCAGGUCAGAAAAGGUUGACCCAUUUGAUACACUGUGUGCAUAUUGUAUGUCUUAUUGGUAAACACAUGUAGCAUAUGUAUGUAUUAUUAAUCACAGGAUGAGGAAAGUACGUCAUAUGACUCCAUGACACAGCCAUAAUACUUUACACAUAUUGAAAAAAGAACAAAAAUAUGUUGAAAACAUACAACUUUUUGUGUGUGUUUUGUUCAUGAUUUGAUUUCCAAUUCUGUGCAUGAAUUAAAAGAACAAUGUUGA